GCUGAUAGACAACAACAUCGGCUCUAGUUGUGACCGCCUCGGUCUCUUCUGCGACGAAACUGCUUUCUCUGGUCAUGUGGACGCUUUAGAGGGCACAUUGUGUGUUGUUCGAGUAUGAAGAACAAACACAGCAAGCAGGUGGAGUUUGAAGACGUGUCGUCUUUCGACGUGACUCUCCAGCAACUCAACGACUUGCUGACGGACGACGGCGGCUUUUACUGUUGGCCAACUAAAAACUUUCACGAGGUUUAUCCACGCAUCUACGUCGGCAAUGCGUCGGAGGCCAACAACGUGAUGCGUCUGAAGCGUUUGGGCAUCACCCACAUUUUGAACGCGGCAGAGGGAAACUCCCUCAUGCACGUGAAUACCAACCCUGAGUUCUACGCAGGCACAGGCGUGGUCUACCACGGUGUGCCCGCCAGCGACACAGACCACUUCGACAUCGGCAUUUAUUUCGAGGAAGCCGCGGAAUUCAUCGCGGAAGCUCUGGCGUACAGAAACGGAAAAGGUAGGGUAUACGUGCAUUGCAGGGAAGGAUACAGCCGCUCGCCCACCUUGGUCAUCGCCUACCUGAUGCUUCGCCAGAACAUGGACGUCCACAGCGCUCUGGCCACGGUGCGACACAACAGGGAGAUCGGACCCAAUGACGGCUUCCUUCGCCAGCUCUGCCGACUAAACCAGAGGCUGGCCGCCGAGGGAACGUUCUGGAGCAAAUGAAGCAGAGACAAAAAGUUGGUACUCAAUUACCCGUGGACUGAACGGCUGACAAGGUGACCGUAAUUAAAACGAGCCACAGCUUGCAAAUUCACCUGUGACUUGGCCAGAGACACACUGCAAAAAGUCAGUGUUCAAAAACAAGAAAAAAAAAUACAAAAAUUAUUAUUAUUUUAUUAUUAUUCAUUAUCGGAAUAUCGGAUAUCGGCAAAAAGCCAUUAUCGGACAUCCCUAGUUGUCACCAUUUAAAACACAGGUGUCAAAACUCAUUUUUUAUGGCCCGCAAACACCUGGAAAUGAUAUGUGUCACUAAAGUACUUAAUUUUUUUCGUCACUAAAUGUAAUAGAUUGUUUUCAUUUUGACAGAAACAAUAUAUGUACUGCUUGAAAUUGCAUACCCUUUCAACUUUAAUAGUAUCCAAUAUUGCAACAAAUAUUACAGUAUAUUAUCAUACACUGCAAAAAGUCAGUGUUCUAAAACGAGAAAAAAAAAUACAAAAAUGAUGGGUAUUUUAUUUGAACUAAGCAAAAUUAUCUGCCAAUAGAACAAGAAAAUUUGGCUUGUCAAGACUUUCCAAAACAAGUCAAAUUAGCUAACCUCAAUGAACCCAAACAUACCUUAAAGGGGAACAUUAUCACAAUUUCAGAAUGGUUAAAACCAUUAAAAAUCAGU